CUAAUAUUUAGUUAGCUUAAAACAGAACCAUGAAAGUGCUUUCAAAUAAUUUUGCUAAGUUUUUAAUUUUAAUAACGUUUCUGCAAUCAUUUUUAAGUUCGGAAUGUGUAAUGCCAAUAAAAAAGGACUGGGAUUAUAGAUUUAUAUCAACUGAAUUAAUUAAUGAUACGCCAGAUGCUACUCAAGCAUUUGUUGAAUUAUCACGAAUUUCAAGAGGAAAAUAUGGACUUUCUGGAAAUGUAACAUUAUUCACAGGAACUUUUGGUGAAAAUGGAUUUAUUGAAAUGUCUAUGUAUAGAAGUGUAAGAAAUGAUGGUGAUUUUCUAAAAUUACCAUAUGAAAUUCAAAAGGAAUCAUUUUUUAAAUUUAUGAAUGAUCACUAUAAAACCAUAUUGAUGGAUUCAUUGAAAGAUUGUUCAAAUAUGCCAAUUGUUGAAGGAGUAUAUGCAACUGAUUGGAAAGCAGGAGAAUCACUUACAUUUACAAAUUGUGUUUUUCAAGAUAACAAAGAUACACCAGCACAUUUUCAACCGGGAUUUUAUAAAAUAAUUGGUCGUGUUUUUCGUCCAGAUGAUAUUCAAAUGACUUUAACAGUUGUAGCAGAAGUUUUUACUGUACACUGAUUUCGAAUAUUUUUUUUUUUGAAAUAUAGAAUUUUAAAUUAAAAAUAAAUAAUAAGAGCAAAAAAUUAUUUUGUAAAC